AUGGUACGCAUCUCGAGCCCUGUUGCUACGUUAGCUUUUGAAUUAUUAAAUGAUUACACUAGAACGCCGCACUUGUAUCACUUUCGGGUCGACGAGGUCCCCCUUUACUCCGGCAUCCAUCCGAUUAGCUUACAAUUGCGUAGCUGCACGAAUAAGACUGUUUUAUUUUCCGCGGCCUUGUUGCGUGCCUGACUGCGUAGCCGAGCUAUAGGUCUUCAUGUCUACGUGUCCGCUCGACCACACAGAUCUUUCCACGAGAGAGAUAUUGCUAAGGUGCACGAGAGAGACACAAUCCGGGACUGACAUUCCACGCAUUUCAACACAAUCGUCAUCUUCGAAUUGAUUAAUUUCCAUUCCCUUUCCGCACCCACACACAUUAUCUAUGUGGUUACGUCCUCCGGCAUAAUGAAGUGAAUGCUCGAAAUUUUAGAAUUCUAGAAUUAUGUCCGCCCACGACGUACUGAACCUCAGGCAUGUUGAACUGUGCAAGGUAGUAUGCUAACAAAAGCAGCCUCUAUGGUUUCGUUUUGAGUGGUGACCCUUAUACGCGAGACUUGAAAGUCUUAGAUAUGGCCUAUUCUGGGAACCACUCACAUUUAUUAGGGAGACUGUCAUAUUCUGUGGUUGUUUAGUCCCAGUUUGUUGGAGAAUCACAAACUUUCAAACGUUGAUAGUUUUCGGUACUUACUGUUUUUAAGCAACUUUUUCAAAUGAAAUUGUCCGGCGACAUAAUAUCCCCCCCACUAAUCUUACUUUUAAGUAAUGCGUGUAUCACCUCGGAAAUCACUUCAAUGAACAUACUAAGUACUUUUUUUGCUCUUUUCAGUUCGCCCUUCAACCUGUCAACGUCCUCAGUGCAGGCGCUGAUGAAGAAAAGGCAGAGACUGCCCGUAUUGUAAGUCCUCCGCUUUCAUUAUUUCAAAGUCUUCGUUCGUGGGUGCAAUUGCCAUAGGCGAUCUCGUCAAGAGCACACUAGGACCUAAAGGGAUGGACAAAAUUUUGAUGACUUCUGAAUCUUUUGAAGUGACAAAUGAUGGGGCAACUAUCCUCAAGUCCAUUGGUGUUGAUAAUCCUGCCGCCAAAAUUCUUGUUGGUAAGACUGAUAACCGUCCCAAGAGUCAUUUGCAGAGAUGAGCAAGACUCAGGACGACGAAGUUGGGGAUGGCACGACAUCGGUUACCGUUCUUGCUUCUGAACUACUUCGUGUAAGUUGUCUGACAUUUGUUGCGCUCCAAGCAGACAUGUUUCCGCCUGUGCCGAUACGCCUUUAAAUGCAUGCUUUUCGGUUUUCGGCAGAGUAGGCCUGACCUGUAUGUACUUGUGCUUAGCAGUUAGAAUCCCCGCUCUUUAUCUUACAGGAAGGCGAACUGCUUAUUACAGCGAAGCUUCACCCACAAACUGUUGUUUCGGGCUGGCGUGAAGCCUCCAAGGUUGCGCUAGAAGCACUUGAGCAAUCGGCCAAAAACCACGCCGGAAGCAUGGUCGAACUCCACAAGGAUGAAGCAUUCAAGGCCCAGCUUUUAAAAAUUGCGCGAACGACUCUGAGCUCUAAGCUUCUCACCCACCACAAGGAGCACUUUGCUAACCUCGCCGUCGAUGCGAUUCUCCGCCUGAAGGGUAGUGGCAGCCUAGACGCCAUUCAGGUAACAAACAUUUUAUCUUUCGUUUAUGAUCCCUGCACCACGCCUCUCAUCUUUAAAUUUUCUUCCGUGUUUUUAUGUCCAGUUAGCGCGGUGGCAACCGGUUCGAACAUUGAUUUAAGGAAACGUUAGUUAUGCUCAUACUUUACGACAGAUUUUCGCGUAUGCCCCCCUGAUUUUAGCGCCACGGCACUCUAUGCCAUACUCCAGUACCUGUUUCCUCGGUUUCGUGCGGUGUGUGACAUCCAUUACUCACCAUAGCGCACGACCACAAGCCUAUGAAUGUGACCAAAGCCUGUCAUUGUCUGCUUACUUUUAUGGAAUUUCAAAUUCCAUAAAUUGCUUGUAAUGUUUUACAGCGAGAUCACUGUUUUCAGAUGUUUUACGAUGAUUGAUUUUAUACGACACCACCACUGUUCAUCAGCAUUCCUAAGCCACAAAGCCAUUCCCUCUGGAGUCCUCUUCGAUUUUUUCGUUCCUUGUGUCGUUUCGGUUGUCUUAAAACGUGAUACCGUAGUCUGCUUCUCCGAAGCUAUCUUUUUUUAGUAACACGAAGUCAGCAAUCGAUGGUUAACUUUAACGUGCAACAAACUCCAGGUUGGUUUUUGCACCAUAUUCGGUACCGUGAUCUCACUUUUAUUGCGCGGAUUGGCAUCCAUUUCACUUUUUGAUCGACAGUCUUUAACAACCUAUCUAGCGGACUCGAAGCACUGCUCUCCAGUGACAAAUACCGGGCGCCGAGGACCUAAGGGUCGACUUGGGCUUUUGAUGGCCCAAUUUAAUUCCAAGCUAAGGCCGGCCGCAUUUCCAUCUCUUCCGGGAAAGAGCGACGUUAGAUCUGGGCCGGCACUAAUAACAUUUGCCAAACUAACCGUUCCUCUUGAAUCACCCGAGCAUAGCUGCGUGAGAUCUAGAACGCGCUGCAGCUGACGGCGACACCAGAGGACUGUAUGCGAUUUUGGAGAUCUUAUAUCUUUGCCGUUACGAUACUAAGCAGCCAACGUAUGUUCAUAACUUUAUUGUAAACUCGAAGCCCCAUUUGAAGAAGCAUUUCGUACAGCUCCUGGAUCCGACAAGCUCGGUCCCUACGGCCAAAUUUAGUUGAAGGACACCAGCACUCAGGCAUAGUCGCGACUACAGUUGACCGCCCAUCGAAGCGAUCCUUGACGCUGUCACAAAAGUGAACAUCAAAACACAAAGUUCGCUACCAAGAGCCCAGCGAUCAGCACCGGUCUAGGCGAUGACAUUCCCCGCAUUUCCGUUCGUUCCGCAGCGAUUUGUUCUCGAGCGCUCGAAGCAGUUCACUCUCCCAAGCUGUCAGCCGUUUAUUACGAGAAACGAUUUAACUUCGUGUCUAGUUGUUUGAUAGGUCUGUACAUGCCACAGGGAAAGGGAAGAGGGUGUGAAAUUCGCCCUGCAGUAUCCUUCAUGAAAUUCAACACACCAUGCUACUAUAGCUUUUACGCGUUUGAAGCUACGGUCAGUGACCGACCUCAUGAAAUGUUGGCCGAAAUCCUGAAAUACGUUUUCGAUUAGGAAGAAUAACUUAAGUGGGGUUGAAUAGUUGAUUAUCAUGCGGUAUAAUUCCAUGAUAUUUUAGACACCAGAAUGCUGACUUUUAAAUGUAUUUUUUAUCGGUCGCAUGCAAGAACCGCACUCGAUAAAAAACAACAGCUCAAGUAGUAUGCGCUUUCACAUUGGUUUUCGGCGUUCUUACAAACUCAGAUAUAUUUUGUCGAAAACAUGCACAAAAUACCCUUAUACUCAUUUGGUAACAAACUACGUCUUCGAAUUUUACGCAUAAAGAAGUAUAUCUACCGGUUUUAAGUUUUUCAAUUCCAGAAUAAUUUUGAGCCCAAUCUGCCAUUACGUUUGCGUUUUGGGGUUUUCAGUCUACAUGCUGUGUACUUCCAGUGCAAGGAGAAUCGUACCGAGAAGAUACCAUAUAGGGCCCACACUUUUUUCAAUGAACGCGGGCUACUUUGCAGUCAUCACGAGGAGCAUCAAUAAACCGACCAAUACGACGCUAUUUGACUGAACAUUGCACAGUCUUAAAAAAGCUCAUAAUGAGAAACUUUUUUAAAACCAAAAGAUGUCCAAUCUUCAUGUACAAAAUCAGGAGACGUAGUUUGCUACCAGAUGAAUACGACAGUUGGACCGUCGUUUCCGACGAUAUCCACCGCGUAAUACACAACAGAGUUCAAACCGAGACGGUGGCUUGCACGUGAAUCCGUUUGUAGUGAUAGUAUACUUGUCCAGCAUCUACCGCAUUGUUCCCCUACCUGGGCCCAGUGUCAUGACAAAGUCAAGAAGACCGGAGACGGGAGGGGGCGCGGGUGACUGGCACGGUGAAAGCCUGCACCUAAGUGUACCGCCACAUGCCCGGGUCCACCACGCACAACUGACCAGGAAUAGGCGAAUCAGAUCCUAACUAGUGUGUCGUGGACCUGCACCUGGGCCUGCCGCCACGUCCCAAAUGUCGGCAUUUACUGUGAGUUCGCACUCCCAAUAACGCCUGCCGGACCUCGAUCUAGGCUGGGAUCAAGCCUGCAUUGUUGAUGGUAGGGCGGUGAUGGUGAGAGUAGUGAUUGACGACCGCUCUUAAAAGGGGCCUCCCCGUAGAUGCGCAGGACUAACACCAAGCGAAUAGCAGGAAGGGUAUUUUUGUGCACGCUUUGUAUAAAAUAUAUUUGAAUUUAAAAGGACAUCAAAAGUUAGGACAAUAGUGCAUACAACGUAAGUGGUCCCGUUUUUACCGAACAUUGUUUUUGCAGGCGACCUAUAAAAAGUAAAUUCAAAAGUCAACAUCCUGGUGUGUCCGAGAUAUCAUGAAGUUAUGCAGCACGGUUGCCAAUAAUUUAACCUCGUUUAUUUUAGAUUCCCUAACCGAAAGCAUCUCAGAAUUCCGGUUAACAUUUCAUGAGAUUGGUCACAGACUGUAUACAACACAUUAAAAGUAGUGGCUUGUAAGGUUGCCACCUGACGAGAUGUUUCAAUCCUCUGAAAUUAGGUUUGAAAAGUACUGACUCAUAGUAUGGCUUCUAUGGCGCCUCCUGCAAAUGGAAUUUGACCCCGUGCAUGACGGACAUUAGACAAUUUUGCGCUAUCUCGGCUAUUGUACCCAACCCAGUCUUCAGUCGGCUUUACUCGUAUUAUCCACUAGCGCAGGGAUAGAGAAUAAAGCUCGAGGCCGAUACUGAGGCAUCGUCCCUCAGUAGCUCGGCAAGUGUUUUCCAUGCUGGUCAAUCUUAUUUGCCUGAAACUUACGUGCUAUAAAUCGUUGCUCCAAAGGUGGUCAACGGAGGGGAUACCGCUCCUCCACCGGCCUGGGAAUUAUUCCUCAAUGACCAUUUAACGCGGCCUCAAUUGCAACUCUCCUCAUUGAGAGAUCCGUGGUUCACUUUUGAGGACUAGUUAACGUAUGUGGAUACCAGAGCGUGUGUGAAACGAAUGCCGAACUCCAUUUCGCGGCACCACUUCGACACCCCAUUCAACGAAGUUAAGUGGACUGGGCCACACAAUGGGUCGUUCUCACACGCCAGGCGAAGCACUAGGGGGUUGUAGGAUGACUAUCCGCCGCGGACUCGGUAAACGGGAUCGAACACCGCAGCAAAGUAAAUAAGACAAACGGUAACUGGUAUCCAUAGCAGAUUUUGAUGGUGGGCAGUAGUGCCAGUAUUUAGUUGCUGCAUCAGCGGUUUGCGCGGAACCUUAUUUUAUUGGGUCUUGGUCCUGCAGUGCGCACACCAGAACAGCCCGUACCUAGGAUUGUGAUUGCUGGCUGACUACGACUAAUAGGCCAGAAAUGUCCACCCCAGUCCUUGUAUUCGUUGGUACUCUUUCCCGGCAUAUUAUGGCUAACAAGCCAAAAGCUGGGCGCUCUAACCACUGAGUCAAGGAUUUAUCCUGUCGGUUUGCGCCCAUCGAUCGUGCUACAGGAUCUACUCGCCCCGUUUUACCUUGGGGCUCGAUCUAGACCCCCUGCAGGCAGCUCCACAGCGACUUAAUAUCUACCGAAUAAAUUGCUGUCAAGAACAAGGAAGACUGGGAUAGCCAUCUCUGGUUUACUAACCGCCACCAAUUGGGAAUGCCUAACCCCUGAAAUUUGAACCCGUGUUCGAACGGCAGCAAUUGCUUGUACUUUCUUGUCAUUUUACUCAUAUACUCAUAUUGCAUGGUCCGCUCUCAAGUGCAUAAUUUGGGAUUCUGCUUGUUUUUAGAUCCUGCAAAAGUUGGGCGGGACCCUUUCUGAUUCUUAUCUGGACGAAGGAUUUCUUCUAGACAAGAAGGUUGGGGUUAAUCAGCCAAAGCGCAUUGAGAACGCAAAAAUACUCAUUGCAAACACUCCCAUGGACUCGGACAAGAUCAAGAUAUUUGGAAGCAAGAUUCGUGUCGAUGCUAUUUCCAAAGUCGCCGAUCUGGAAUUGGCUGAAAAAGAAAAGAUGAAAGAAAAAGUUGAAAAGAUCCUGAAGCACGGGUGCAAUGUCUUCAUCAACCGGUUGGUUUUCCACCCUUUUCACUCUUAAGCAGCCCUGAUUUUGUGUUUCUCCUCCAUUUCUGGUUUCAUGCUCGCAAAACAUGAUCAUAUACUUUCUACUCCUAGACAACUCAUCUACAACUAUCCGGAACAACUUUUUGCCGAUUCGAACGUCAUGGCUAUAGAGCAUGCCGACUUCGAGGGGGUUGAACGAUUGGCACUCGUAACUGGUGGCGAAAUUGUGUCGACCUUUGAUACACCUGAAACCGCCAAAUUGGGUCAUUGCGAUCUCAUCGAGGAGGUAUUCCCCCUAAUUCUUUUUGUGCGACUCUUUCGUAUCUUUUUUGGCCAUCCAGUGUCGGCCAAUAUACUUGAAUUUCGAGCAUUCAGUCUCAACUUCCCUCUCAAUCAUUGUAAGGCUCUCAGCCAUGCUGUAAAAAUAACUAGGCUUAUAAAUCUUAAGCAGGUGCGAGAGCGGGGAAUGCCACAGCACUCCAAAUCCGGAAGUUUGUUUCAUCAGGAUAAUUUUGCUUCUGAUAACGCUCCAGUACGCCCAUUAAGCCUUCCAAAGUCAUUUCGACGAUUGCUUGCUAGUUUCUUAGAUUCCACUGAUUUUUGCUGUUUUUUUGCAGACUACCAUUGGUGAGGAUCGCCUUAUCAAGUUCUCGGGUGUUGCCCUUGGCGAGGCCUGCACAAUUGUGCUGCGUGGUGCCACCAACUCAAUCCUUGCUGAGGCCGAACGUUCGCUCCACGAUGCUCUCUGUGUUCUUGCACAAACUGUAAAGGAUCCGAAAACGGUGCUGGGUGGCGGGGCCUCAGAAAUGCUCAUGGCGAAUGCGGUAGCUAAGAAGGCGGCCGAGACUCCCGGUAAGGUGGCAAUGGCAAUGGAGGCGUUUGCAACUGCCCUUCGUCGUCUGCCUGGAAUAAUCGCAGACAACGGCGGUUUUGACAGCGCUGAGCUGGUGGCCCAGCUGCGAGCUGCGCACGCCUUAGGCCAACAUACCAUGGGUUUGGGUACGUUGUUUAUAUUAUGGGGUUUCACAGAUUUGCCUUUCAAAAUUGCUCGGUCGGUCUCCCAUGGGCUCCUAAUUACGUCACAUUCAGCCCUGUUACCUUUAAAGGCUGUGCGUAUACUUUCUUUCCAAUGCACAUUUAGGACGUUGACUGUGAUGAAUUGAAAGCUUACUCCAUCAUUAAUAAAGACUAGUUGAAGUCAGCCACCAGGCCAAAACACUUGGCAGGAGGUAUAGUUAGGCGUGAUUCUUGAUUCAGUCUCACACAGUCAUCUAUUCUGUCGAAUGACUCUCCAGUUAUCUAUUAACACUUUUUGAGAUAGAUCAAACUUUAGACCAAGUCAAUGGCAAUCGACGGUACUAACGAAAGCUUCAUCCGUGUAGUAUGCGCCAGUCUCUACACUUUCGGAAGUCGAGGACAUUAACUGUCUGCCUUAGCACCUCGGCUGCGUAUGUGCGACUGUGAAUUCAAAAGCGUUUCCCCAAAAAUUGUCAGUUUUUGUUUCAUGGGAAGUUAGGCUCUCGAUGUUGUGUUUUCACACUUUUCUACAUACAGCCACCCAGUAUCUGUAUCCCAGGCGUCACGCUUUUGAACUUGAAUUCCUUUUAGACAUGGAAGAGGGCGUCGUGACCGACGUUGAGAAACUGGGAAUUGUCGAGUCAUACAACGUGAAACGACAGAUGAUUCUAUCGGCCUCGGAAGCAGCCGAGAUGAUCAUCCGUGUGGACAACAUAAUGCGGGCUGCUCCUCGCAAGCGUCAGGGACGCGCGUGA